GGAUCUUUCAAUUCAACUCCUGUCUCUUUUAUGCUUUUAGACUUCGUCCUCCCUCUUUGAAAUGGCAAUUCUGCGUGUCCACUGUUGUUGAUUUCGGCGUCUUUUCCAUCGUCCCUUUCCCCCAAUCUGAACAAAUAGCAUUGCUCUGUUUCCAUUUUUAUCCCGAUUUUCCCACAAUACAGAACAAAAACAACAGAAUGGGUUUUGUUCAUCUUGCUUUACUUCUUUCCGUCUUUCUCAUCUUCAAUUCUCCAUUGAUUGAAUCCCAGCAACCGUACAUCAAGAAGGCCAGUACAGUAUGCGGAACCAGAGACAAUUCAACUUCAGAAAUGGGCUAUUUCUGCAACGGCGCCGCCCCAAGUUGCCAGGCUUAUCUCACCUUCAGAUCUCUGCCACCGUACAACUCUGUUUCAUCAAUCUCGACCCUUUUGGCUGUUGAUCCAUCCGAGCUCUCAAAACUCAAUUCCGUCGCCCAAGAUGCAAUCUUUCCGACAAGCAAGAUCGUACUUGUUCCGGUUAAUUGUUCUUGUUCAGGUUCUUAUUACCUUCACAACGCAUCUUAUCCUGUUCAGUUUGGAGAUACAUACUUUAAGAUUGCUAAUAACACUUACCAGGGAUUGUCAACUUGCCAAGCUUUAGAAGCAACUACUAAUUUUACUAGAUUAGACUAUGGUACGAGGGUUAAUGUCCCAUUGAGAUGUGCUUGUCCGACAAAGAAUCAGACUGAUGCAGGUGUUAAGUACUUGUUAAGUUAUUUAGUCACUUGGAAUGAUUUUGUUUCUUCUAUUGGCUCAAUAUUUGGAGUUGGUACUGAAGAAACUCUCCAUGCUAAUGGCCUCUCUGAUCAGGAUUUUACCAUUUACCCCUUCACAACUCUGUUAGUUCCUCUUCAGGCCAUCCCUUCAAGCUCCGAUAUUAAAGAUCCCCAACCACCACCACCUUCAGAUCAAACACCUCCAAGCUCAUUAGCUCCUUCUCCAAACAACAGUGGCUCAAGUAAAACUUGGAUUUAUGUUGUGGUUGGAGUUCUUGGUGGGAUUGCUCUUGUAUCUGUAUCUGUGCUGCUUGUUUUCUGCAUUUGUUUUCGCAGAAGGAAGAGGGAAAAUGGAUCAGUUGUUGUUUCUGAGAGUUUUGAAUCUGUUGAGAAACCACUUGCAAAGAAAAAGGAUGAAGAUUUGUCUUCAGAGAGUUUUUGGGAAAGCAUAUCCAGUAUUGCUCAAUCCCUUACGGUGUAUAAUUAUAAAGAACUUCAAUUAGCAACAGAUGAUUUUAGUCCUAGUUGUUUGCUAGGUGAAUCGGUGUAUUGCGGCACAAUGAAAGGAGAUCUUGCUGCAAUCAAGAAAGUGAGUGGAAAUGUUACUGAGGAAAUCAAUCUCCUUCACAAGAUCAACCACUUGAACCUGAUUCGGCUUUCGGGUGUUUGUUUCCAUGAUGGGUAUUGGUAUCUUGUUUUCGAAUACGCUGAAAAGGGAGCUUUGAGUGAUUGGAUUUAUAGAAAACACGCAGAGGAUGAGAAGUUCCUGAACUGGAUGCAGAGAAUACAGAUUGCUUUUGAUGUGGCCUCUGGUAUCAAUUAUCUACACAGCUACGCUUCCCCUCCUCAUGUCCACAAAGAUUUAAAGUGUAGCAAUGUUCUUCUUGAUGCCGAAUUCAGGGCGAAAAUCACAAACUUCAGUCUAGCCAGAGCUACAAAUGCCCAGGGAGAUCCUUUUGCCUUAACUAGACACAUUGUUGGGACUAAAGGUUACAUGGCACCAGAGUACUUGGAGAAUGGUUUGGUAUCGCCGAAGCUAGAUGUUUACUCAUUUGGAAUUCUGCUAUUGGAGAUGCUAACUGGGAAAGAAGCUGCUGUGAAUGUGCACUUGUCUGAAAGUAUAGUUCCUGUUCUCAAGGAGAGAGAUGGGAAUCAAAUGCUGAGGGAUUUCAUGGAUGCUUCUCUUCAAGGAGAUUAUCCUUCCAAGCUCGCGAUUUUGGUCGUCAAAUUGAUUGAUAAAUGUCUGAAGAAAGAUCCAUCUGUUCGUCCUGAUAUGCAUGAGAUUGUGCAGACUCUGUCUGCGACCAUAGAGACCACAAUGUCCUGGGAAUCAGAACAUAGUGUCUAAAAAAUAAGUCAAAAUUAUGUCAGAUUUUGUAGGUGCAUCUUUUAUUUUAUUUUUUUUUUCCCGUUGUUUCAUGUAUAUUCAUCCCUUCAGUUGCAUAUAUUAUUGACUAAUGAAUUUGACUACAAAGGUUGAAGAUGAUUUCCAUUUGAAUUUUUGAAUUAGGAACUGA